AUGGAGAACGAGGGGCAGCUGAACAACAAUGAACAGGAUACUGGUGUCAACAUGGGAGAUGAUGAGUUAAUCUACCUGCCACUGGACAUGGAGGAAUAUGAUAUGGAUGCUCUCAUUGGAGACGAGGAUCACUUGAACACUGAUCAGGCUAUGGGUGGCCAGGAACACAACAUCAACAAGGGGUCAUCAUCCAAGCUUGCCAAAUGCUUCACUGUGGGGCAGCUACAACAACUUGAAUCUUCGUUCCAAGAGUGUACCCACCCAGAUGAUGAAAUGCGUCAGGAACUGGCUACCAAGGUAGGCAUAGAAACAAGGCAGGUCAAGUUUUGGUUUCAAAACCGACGCACUCAGAUUAAGGUGAAGUCAUAUGGAACUGAGAACAACAAGUUUCGUCAACAAAAAGCUGAGCUGCUCGCCAAGAACAUGGAACUCCAGGAGCAAUUGAAAGAAAUGACAUGCGGCAGAUGUCGUGACCCAACAGCAGAGAAAUGGCAGCUGCUUGAUGAAAAUGCCAAGCUCAGGGAAAUGUACUGGCGUGCCUAUGCUGAUCUGAAAAAUCUCAUGCAGGAGGCAAACCUUCCUCCCUCUGUGACACUGGAGGAUCUGACAUUAGUUAUUUCCAUGAACCCAUUGUCCAGCAAUGCUAUAGCAGUAGCACCAACAACCAGCCAGGAGUACGCCUGCCAGAGAUUCCCAAGACUACUUGGGAUGCGUCCACAGGGGUUUGUUGUGGAGGCCACCAGGGACACUGCCUUAGUCAGGGGAACGGCCUCAGACGUCGUUGCCAUCCUCACUGAUGUGCAACACUGGUUCAAGACGUUCCCUGGUAUUGUAGCAGCUCUAAGAGCCUACGACGUCGUCUUUAUUGGCACUUUUGCUUCGGGCAAUAAUGGGCUAAUUCAGGAGGUGAUCCCAGGCAACAUCUAUGUAGACAUGUAUAUGUUGAUCAUGAGGUUUAUGAUCUUAAAUGAUUUUAUGGAGCUCCUGCCGAUAAAUGUAGAUCUGUCAGUGGAAUCACCACGUCCGCCACUUCGCAGCAUGAAAUUUCUGAGGAUUAGCAAGCAGACUAAAAACGGGGGCUUUGUUGUAGUGGACGUGUCCAUCAACGGUGUCCAUCGAGUUCAUGAACAAGAAAGCAGCCAAAAUAAGCAUACGAGCUGCAGGUUGCUGCCGUCUGGUUGCCUCGUUCAAGACAUAGGCGAUGGCUAUUGUCAGGUACUCUAG